AGUUAAGAAACGCUUAAUUAAAAUAAAAAUAAGAAGAAGAAGAAACCGAUGAACAUGUUUAUUAGAAUUAAACUGAACAAGAAUAUGAAAACGCUAAAGAUAAUUUGACUGAAGAAGAAACCGAAUUAAUUGAGGAAAUAUAUGAAUAAUAUAAAGAUUUUUUAGAAAUUUAUAGUGUAUGGAAUAUAUGCAAAAAGUUUUCUUUUGAUAAAAAAAUAGCUCUUAACCAUAUAAAUAUAUAAUAUUAAAGAUUCUAAGAAAGCUAAAAUGACGAUAACUAAUGGACAAAAGUAGUAAAAGGUUCCCAAAAAUAAGAAAAAGCUUUUAAUAAUGUAUAGAAUAGAUAGAGAGAUUAAAAAUAAUAAGGAGGAAAGUAAAAUAACGAAAAAUAAUUUAAAAAGAAAUACUAAGAAGCAAAUAAUGGAAACGCUGGAAACAAUAGAAAUAAUGAAAACAAUUAAAAAAAUAGAUAACCAAGAAAAAGACAAUAAGAAAAUAAUAAUAAUUUAGGACAAAGAAGAGUUUAUAAUAUAAGAAUGAACUCACAAAUUAAAGAAAAUAAUAAUAUCGAAAAUAAAAAUAAAGAGAUAAAUUUAUCAAAAAAUUAUAGAUAACCUCUUUCUUAAAAUUAACGAGAAUAAAAUUAAAUAAGAACUUCUAGCUCUAAAAAUAACAAUAAUUAAUAAAUAAAAUAAUAAAACUCAAUAAGAACUUCUAAUUCAAGAAAUAACAAUAAUUAAUUAAAUAUUAAUAAGAAAUAAGAACUUAAACCAUAAUUUACUUAUGUAAGAAAACCAAAACUUACUUAAACAGAAGAAAAAUAAUAAAAAACUAAUAUUUAUGUUGAAAAAAAUACUCAAGAAAAUUUAAAUGUUACUUAAUAAAAUUAAUAAUUAGAAACUAAUUAAUAAUAAUAAUAACAAACACCAGAAAACACAUAGACACAAUAAUAAUAAUAAGUACAAAAUUAAUAAAAAAGUCCUUAAAAAACCUAAGAUUAAUAAUAAUAAAAAACAACUUCUGCUAGUGUAAAUAAAACUAAUUUAGGAAUAGUAGAUUUAUAAUCAUAGUUUGUAUAAUCAGUUUAGAAUUAUUAAUCAUAAGCUUUAUAAAAUGAAACACUUUUGGAAUAAUUUACAUCAAACACUAAUAAUUAAUUUAAUGUAUCAAAUCCUUUUUAUAAUUAUUAAGCAAGUUCUGUUUCUCAUAUGCCUAAUACUUUUUAAUAAAAUAAUAAUUAAGCAUCUUAAUAAUAAUAAUUCACUGAACCCAAAAUAACUCCUUAGAUAACUGAAGUAUAAUUAGUUCCUAAUAUUCCUUAAAGUAAUUAACUCUAAAACAACAUUUAACCUUCCACUUAAUAAA